AUGUCUGUCGACACAGAGCAGACGCUGCCUUGGCCUUCCUACCGUGAAUAUUUUUCGGUGUUGAAGACGACAGCAGCAAACAUUACGGUGUUGUGCAGCAUUUGCAGAAAAGAGUACUCUACUAGCAAGACGUCCUCAUCAAACCUGCGGAAGCAUCUAGAAAAAAAACACCCGGUUGCUCUGAAGGAGUUCGACUCCAAGAAGAGGAAAGCCGAGCAUGGUCCCACCGUGGGAGAGAAAAGACACGCGGGCGGUAGUUCGACGCAGACACGCAGACACUGCCUUGCAGCAACGAGUCGACCCAAGGCUCUGUCACAAAGUCGCAUAGACAGGCUAAUUGUGAACUUCGUGGUAGCCGACAUGCAGUGUUUUUCUGUCGUUGAAAAUGAACAGUUCCGGAGUUUGAUUAAUGCAAUGCAACCAUCGGCAACGGUGCUAAACAGGAAGUCACUGGUCAAUCAGAUCGACAUCCUCUACAGAGAGCAAAAAGCGUCUCUCAUCGCCACAUUGGAGAAGGUAUCAACGGUCUGCUGCACUGCUGACUGCUGGACAGCCUCAAACAGGUGAGGUUCUUACUCUUAGUGUAGGCUAUAAACAAAACAGCACGCUCCGCGAUUGCUU